CGUAUGAGAGGGAGGAGCAGGGAGAAACCACACCUCCAGAGCUGAGGCUUAUAUGCCCCCCUGCCCCUCCAUCUCACUGAUCAAUGAUCAUGGACUUCGUCUUUCUCCUUAGCGCCAAGGCCCGCGGGCGCUUCCUCCAGAGCGCAGCGCGGAUACUUGGAUGUUCGUAUAUUUGCCUGUGGAGUCCGCUCCCCCACCAAUCCAAGUAUGUCACGCUCUCCUCUCCCCUUUCCGCCGUCCUUCUUCCACCAUCUCCCCUCUUUCACCACUUAAUUCUCGGUGACACUUCCAUCAGCCACCUGGCCUCCGUGGAUGGAUGGCACCAGGAGGACGACGGUAGCCAUUGGAGGUCUCCGUCGGGCAGCGUCUCCCUGGAGCUCUUCAAGGCCUACCGGAAUUCCCUCUUCAGCAUCGACAGCAGUUGUGUCCCUGGAUCGGCCUACAAGGGAGGGUUGACAUAUGUGGAGCUAGGGGAGUCGGAGCUAAUGAUCUCGGCUUCCAUGCAGAUCCAGCGGCAGUUCUAUCAGGAAGCUGGAAUUAAGACAGCUGUUUUUAUGGGAUGCAGAAGCGGGGAGAUUGAAUUGGGGAUGGCGACGUUGAGUAAUGGGCAGAUGUACACGCAAAUGAGCAUCCAACAAGUGUUCUCCGAGGAAUGCAUCCAACGUUCCCUUCUAGGGGAUCCAUUCCCAGCACCCGACCAGGGCGGGCCCUCAUCAUCAUCCUCCUCGUUCCGAUCUCUGUCGGUGGGAAGUCCGGAGUACUCCUCCCUCCUACUCACCAAGGCGGGUGCUCAUUUCAUGCCGCGGGAGGUGGGUGGAGAGCAAGCGUUACUGGUUCCACCACACCAAAUGUCCAUCAUGCAGGGCUACAGCCGCCACCGAAAUGUCCAGCUUCCAACUCCUGCAGACGACGAUGCAGCGAUCACGAGAGCGAUGCUUGCCGCUAUCUCUUCACCUUCUACUUCUUCUUCUCCUCCACCGUUGUUUAAUUACCAGUCUCCGCGCCAGGAUCAGGCCCAGCAGAGCCGAAGGAGCCGACCGGUAGGGGCAUUUGAGCCCUAUAACCCAGCUCUCGCUCCAGAUGUCGGACGCAACCCAGCGGUGCAUGGACAGAAGAUGGUGAAAACGGCGGUUUCAAUCCUAAGAAGGAUAUAUCAGAUGAGAUAUGAACGUCGAAUGCAGGAGCCACGGACGGCGAGCAACCAGUUGCACCAUAUGAUAUCAGAGCGCAGACGCCGAGAGAAGCUUAAUGAGAGCUUUCAUGCACUCAGAAUGUUGCUUCCACCAUGUACAAAGAAGGACAAGGCGUCAGUGCUUUCCAACGCAAGGGAGUUUGUGAAUACUUUGAAAGCUCGAAUCUCUGAGCUUGAAGAAAGACACCGGAUGCUAGAAAUGCAACUUCAGCCUGCUGAUGAAACUAAAGAAGUUGGUGUUUCAACCGAAACAGUAGAAGUUCAGAUUACCAGGGCCUCCGAAUCAACGUCGCAUGCCCAAAGAAUCAACCUUAGAGUUACAGUUAGGGUAGAAUGUAAUAUGAUAGAUUUAGUUCUCCACAUUCUUGAAUGCCUGAAAGAGAUGGGAGAUAUCAGCUUGGUAUCAGUGGAUGCAAGCACGGGUUUACCACAAGCGAAUACAUUUGCACGCUUAAACUUCACAUUACAGGUUCAGGCCAGUGAUUGGGUCGAGGAGUUGUUCAAGGAAGCUGUGACCAGGGCGGUUGAUGCUGUGGUGGCGCGACCAGCAGCCACGACUCCCUGACCUUCGUUCUCUGGAGGCUGGCCAUCAAUUUUGACCUAUCACUUUACCCAGUCCUAUUGCUUGAGCAAAGUUUAAAGCAAAUUAAAGGAGCUACAUGGAAUCCGAUUCUAUUCAAAGAUGGAAGAUCUGGACAAAGAAGCCAAUAGAUUCUCGGACUCCAAAAUUUGGAUGGAGAUGGUUGGUCGCUCUUCUGGCGGCUUGACCACAUUAAUGAAGAGCCCUUUGAAUGGGUCUAAACUUAUCAGGGAGCAGUGAAGGAUGGAAACCUCUCCUUAGCUAUAAUUUCCACGUGUUGCCUAAAAUUUUGUCCUUUAAUUAACAAUUAGGUGUACGGGAGUGCUGAGUAUAAAAAUUUCGAUGUAGUUUGGUGACUAAAUGUCUGUUGUUUACGUAAAAAUGCCUCGAGAUGGAGGAUUUGACUGAGAAAUAGAAUAUUAUACAUAUAUA